GUCCUGGCAUACUUGGCUCACUGCAGCGCGGCAGCAGCGGGGACAGGCAGUGCGGGUUCCUCAGUAGGGAUCAAGGCUCGAGGCAGGAGUUUGAGAGGUGGCCAUGGAGGUCAUGCAGUGGCAGGGAGCCACAGGGGGACCCCAGCUGCUGCACUUGGGGGCUGGGGUCAUUGCUCUGCUGUUGGCGGUUGUGGCCGUGUGCUCCCUGCCCUCCCUGAUGGAUUACUGGAGGCAAUGGUGGGUGAUGAAGCCAAUCCCAGGUAUCAGCCCCUGCUAUCCAGUGCUGGGAAAUGCUCUACAGUUGGAGCGGGGGGCAGAAGGUUUUUUUAAACAACUACAAGUUUAUACUGAAGAGUUCAGGAGCUGGCCAUUGUUCAAACUUUGGAUAGGACCAUUGCCUGUCAUGGUUUUGUAUCAUCCUGAAUGUGUGGAGGUUAUUCUGAGCAGUUCGAAACAUAUAGAAAAAUCAUACCUGUACAAAUUCUUGCACCCGUGGCUGGGCACUGGACUUCUGACAAGCACUGGAGACAAGUGGCGGUCACGGAGGAAGAUGAUAACUCCUACGUUUCACUUCUCAAUCUUAACUGACUUUCUAGAUGUUAUGAAUGAACAAGGAGGUAUUUUAUUGGAGAAACUUGAGAAGCACGUUGACAAAGAACCGUUUGAUGUCUUUCUGGACAUCACUCUCUGUGCCCUAGAUAUCAUCUGUGAAACAGCAAUGGGCAAGAAUAUAGGUGCUCAGGAGAAUAAGGAUUCAGAGUAUGUUCGUGCUAUCUACAGGAUGAGUGAUCUAAUCCAACAGCGACAGAAGAGCCCUUGGCUUUGGCCCAAUCUUGUAUAUAUGCUGUUCAAGGAAGGAAGAGAGCAUGAGAGGAACCUGAAGAUCCUUCACAAUUUUACAGAUACAGUCAUUGCAGAAAAAGUUGCAGAACUUGAAAACUCCAAGCAAAUGAAACGUGAUACUGAUGGCAACUGUGAAGAAAGUGGCUCCAAAAAAAGAAAAGCUUUCCUGGACAUGCUGCUGAGUGCAACAGAUGAUGGAGGGAACAAACUGAGCUACAGGGACAUUCGUGAGGAAGUGGAUACUUUCAUGUUUGAGGGCCAUGAUACAACAGCAGCUGCUCUGAACUGGGCUCUGUACUUACUUGGACAUAAUCCUGAAGCCCAGAAGAAGGUUCACAGAGAACUGGAUGAGGUGUUUGGGGACACGGAGCGUCCUGUUACAAUGGACGAUUUGAAGAAGCUUCGAUACCUUGAGUGUGUUGUGAAAGAAGCCCUUCGGCUCUUCCCUUCAGUUCCACUGUUUGCUCGUGCCUUGAGAGAGGAUUGCUGCAUUGGAGGAUAUCAGGUACCAAAAGGCACAAAUGUUCUUGUUAUAACUUACGCCCUGCAUAGAGACCCUGAGAUCUUCCCUGACCCAGAGGAGUUCAGGCCUGAGCGAUUCUUCCCUGAAAACUGCAAGGGAAGGCACCCAUACGUUUAUGUGCCUUUCUCAGCUGGUCCCAGGAACUGCAUCGGUCAGCGCUUCGCACAAAUGGAGGAGAAAACUCUUCUAGCCCUCAUCCUGCGGCGCUUUUGGGUGGACUCGUGUCAAAAGCCAGAAGAGCUUGGUAUAACUGGAGAUCUGAUUCUUCGUCCAAGUAAUGGCAUCUGGAUUAAGCUGAAGAGGAGGCCACAUGCUGGAUCAGAAUGAAAGGAAAUUCAAGAAGUUAUUUUUUUCAAAACGUUCCAAGCUAUUUAGGCUGUGGUACGUUUUAAAAUCAGAUAUUUUUAUGACAGGCCAGCAAUUUGUUUAGACUAGUAAUUACUGAUUGUUUCGUUAAAGAUGUUUUAAUAGCCCUAAAUUGCUCGUCUUUUCUAGUACGUCUGAAGUUCAUGUUCAUCUUUGAAGUGAAAAUCUUCAAACAUCAAAUCAUGCCUUAACUACUCGGACGAAAUUAUUCUAACAGUGCAAAAAACCUUAACUUAUGACUGUAACAACAGUAAUGCCUGUGAUGAAGGGAUCUGGUUAUAUUCCAUAGAACUUGCAGGGUAUCACAAAUCUUUGUAUAGCUUUCAGGUUUGUUUUGUUCUGAAAGGUAAAAGUGAUCAAUUCUUCCACUUGGCACAAUUUUUUUUCUGUCUUGGUGAUGACUGCAUCUAUGGGGACAAAGCAAAAAAUCUCUGAUAAUUUAACUCCUCCUUUCUAAGCAUUUGCAGUAGUUCUUAAGUAGUGAGUACUCUGAAUUAUUUUUCAGCUAGGUGUACCAUAAACAGUCUGUAUAAUCAUACCAUGAACUAGAUAGUGUGCAAAUUACCCAUAGGAUUUCAUAGUGACAGAAGCACUGUGUUAUUACACAUUUUGAGAAUAAACUUCUACUGUGCCUCAA